AUGGCCGGUGGUGAUCCAUAUCAAUUAUUGAUUGGUGUUUUUCAAUUGAAAGAAGAAGAUAGAUUAGCAGCAACUGUUGAAUUGAUAAAUAACGAAACUGUUGUUGUUCCUCGUGGAGUUUUAUUAAAAGAAUCUGAUGGCUUUGUUGUUAUGAAUGGUGCUUACGAAGGUUUAUCACCAGAAGAAAGCGAUGAUUUAAAAUCAUAUGUUCAUUAUAGAAAACCAGUACAAAAUUGGAAUACAAAUUUAUUAACAAGAAAAGAUUAUAAUUAUGCAUUGGAUUUUUUAGACACAAUCGAUUUAGACAUACCAAAAGGAUGUUGGAGUGUACAAGAACAAAGAGGGGGUAAACUUUACACUUUAAAAAAUUUAUAUUGGCCUGGUUUUAUGGCUUAUCACGUGCCUAACACAAAAAAUUGGGGUUUUUUAUAUGCUGGAAAUGGUAGAAAAGAUAUCGAUAAAAAGAAAAAAGAAAAAAUUAAAUAUUAA